AUGACCGUGAAGUGCUGUAUAUGUUUGGAAUCGUUUAAAAAGAGAAAAGAUACUAGUCGCGGCAGCAGCGUUGCAUCAUCUUCCAAGCAUCCUGACACCUCAAAGCCAGCACCAGCAAGAGAAUACGCAACACUCUCAUCAUCUCAACAGCACCAGCACCAGCACCAGCAACAACAGCAACAACAAGAAGACGUGUUUUCCACUGAUGAUUGUGACCAUCAUGUAUGUCGGGCCUGCUUAGCUCAAUACUUAUGGGCCUACGUUCAAAAACCUCGCAUUGAUGGCGACUAUUCAGCCUUGGGGUGCCCGGAACUGGAUUGCAAUCACACUUACAAUAUCAUUGGAAUCAUCGAUAAAGUCAUGCCGUGUGCAGAAGCAGUACUCGGCUGGUGGCGUACGGUGAUUGAAAAGACGAUCAUGGACAGCGUUGGCCACUGUCCUUAUCCAGAUUGUCAAGGAUCGUUCGAACUCCCUGAUGUGUAUCAGCAACAACGCUACCAAUCAAAUGUAUACGCGGACAACAGCAACAGCUAUAGUAGUGAUACUUUUGCGGGUUCCAUCCAUUUUUAUGAUCUCGAAGAUGACAACGAAGCUAGCAGCAGUAGCAGCAGCAGCAGCAGCAGAGGCAGAAACUUUUACAACAGUGGUGCUACUAUGGUUAAUGAUGAUGAUUACCAGGAAGAGGGGCCAGUAUUUGCCGAAUGUCUUGAAUGCAACCGCGCGAAUGCAGACCUGAAACAGAACGUGCAUCAAAGCCCUCCUGGCAGGAAUCUAAGCCUUACCGUCAAGCGCGUGCAAAAAAAGGGAAGCAGCGCCAGCGCCAGCUAUCAGUGGAUGCUCGCAAACUUGCAAGGAGAAAUGACUGGACGCGAUGCCCGUAUUGCCGAGAAAUGGUUGAACGAAGUAUGUUUGAAAACUUUUCAAAAGGCAAGCAGUGCCGCAUCACGACUGUCUGCGUCAAAAACAACAAUAUCCCCGGCAGGACCUUCGUCUUCAUCAUAUUCACAACAUCAACCGCUACAAGAAGACGCUGUAUUUCGACUGGAGAUUGUGAUCAUUAUUCACGUCGUUCCUGCUUGGCACAAAUCUUCUUGA